AUUUUCCCCUCUGGCAGUGAUCAGUGAUCAUGUUCUGCUGAACGCGGCCUUCAGUAAAAUAUCGAUCAGCAGCAACUAUCGAUGCAGUGUUUUGCAACAUGUACAAGCCGUUUGGGUGCCUCGAUUUCUACAGCGUUUUGGGUGUGGAUAGAGACGCCUCGGUGGAGGAAAUCAAGGAGGCCUUUCGUCAGCUGGCCUUGCGCUAUCAUCCCGACAAGAGCAGAUCUCGCGCUACGGAAGAAAAGUUCAAGAUAAUUCUACACGCCUACAAUGUGCUGACGGACGAAUAUCAGAGAUAUAAUCACGACAAUGAUCUAAGGCGGAGGCAGGAUCGAAACUUCAACAGAACCCAUCCGCGCCAGGAGGAGACGGAUCAUAGACAGGAACCAAGUCUCAGCCAGAGAUUUUGGAGGUGGCUGAUUCCGGACUGCAUUUUUGUGGUAUUUAGCCAGUUGAGGCUGUGGCUUACGACAUACUGCCAGUUGGGAUUCAUCUUUGCGAAGUCUGGCUACAGAAAAUGCUGCCAGCGGGCAACGGUGCUCCUCAUCAAGCUAGGGCCAAAAGUUAAGGAAUGUGCUGUCGGUUUGGGAGGGACAGCAGCAGUACUGGUCAAGUGGUCUCUAUGUGCCUUCAUCAAAUUGUUUUGGUGGAAUAUUAAGCAGUUGAUGGCUGAGCUGUUCUGGGCCUUCGUAAGGGCACCUGGCAACCCCAUCCAAAAGCUCAUAUGGGUGGGCUUCGCCUGGCAGAUCACAAUUCUAGGUCACGACAUGGGGGCUUGGCCUUGGGUAGGUUGGCUAAUGCUAAUGAUAAUUCAUUUCUCGUUGAUUUUCAUUAUGUUUGGGGUAAAAAUUAUUAUAUUCAUACUCUUAAACACGAUUCCAAGUCCAUCAUUAUUAUAAUUUAUAAGAAAUUACAAAAAAAAAAUUCCAUUAUUAAUUAGUAGUAAAAACAAUGCUGUCUGUUAGUAAUUUAGUAAUUUAUUAAAUUAUUUAUGGGGGGGAAAUAUAAAUAAAGUAUCGGCAUCGAUAUUUAUUUGAUCUGGAACUAGGGCUGUGAAAAUAUUUUAAAAAUAUCGCAGCAACGAUAUGUAAUUUUAAAAAAUAUUUCAAACGAAUAAAAUAUUUAUCAUCCGAAAAA